UUUCAUCUGGCCUUUUCUCACUCCUCCUCCUCAUCCCUCGCUCUUUUCAAGGCUUUCCAGUAGCAGAAUUUUUCUCACUCUUGCUGAAUCAUGCGUCUGUCCUGGAUUCUGCUGUUGACCACAGUGUGUGUGGCGUGUGGUGAGUCUCCGCCUCGCGCUCUGUGGCAGUUCGGCGAAAUGAUCACUUGCGUGCAGCCGAAUGUGAAUCCGUUCAUUUACAACAACUACGGCUGUUACUGCGGGUUUUCUGGAUCUGGCUCCCCUAAAGACCAGAUCGAUCAAUGCUGUGUGGUGCACGAUAAGUGCUAUGAGAACGCUCGGAAACUUCCAGAAUGUCCAAGUAUAUCCGACCUGCCGUAUGUCAAAGUGUACAACUUCAACUGCUCUGCUAAAACCAUCACCUGUUCAGCCUCCAAUGAUAAAUGCCAGGCCGCAGUGUGUGACUGUGACCGAGUCGCUGCAAACUGCUUCGCUCAGCAUCAUCACACCUACAACUCCAACUACAAAAACCUCCUGGAAGAAGAGUGCAGGAACUGAGAGACACCAGAUGCAGAGAUUAAACACCACAUCAACACUGUCUUCAUCAACUAAACACCACACUGUGUCCAUCUCAGUCAAGUAAACACCACACCGAAACCAUCUGAAUCCACUAAACACCACACCAUCUCCAUCAACUAAACACAACAUUGAGAGUCAUCACCUAAACACCACACCAACUCCGUCUUCAUCACCUAAACACCACACAUAUGCUGCCUCCAUCAACUAAACACUGAAUCGACUCCGUCACGAUCAAAUAAACACCACAUCAGCGCUGUCUCCAUCAACUAAACACCACACAGACUCCAUCUCAGUCUACUAAACACCACAUCAGCGCUGUCUCCAUCAACUAAACACCAGACCGACUUCAUCUCCAUCAACUAAACACCAACACUGUCUCCAUCUCAAUCCACUAAACACCACACUGUCUCCAUAUCAAUCCACUAAACACCACACUGUCUCCAUCAACUAAACACCACACAGACUCCAUCUCAGUCUACUAAACACCACAUCAGCGCUGUCUCCAUCAACUAAACACCAGACCGACUCCAUCUCCAUCAACUAAACACCAGACCGACUUCAUCUCCAUCAACUAAACACCAACACUGUCUCCAUCUGAAUCCACUAAACACCACACUGUCUCCAUCUGAAUCCACUAAACACCACACCAACUCCGUCGUCAUAACCUAAACACCACACAUAUGCUGCCUCCAUCAAAUAAACACUGAAUCGACUCCGUCUUGAUCAAAUAAACACCACAUCAGUGCUGUCUCCAUCAACUAAACACCAGACCGACUUCAUCUCCAUCGACUAAACACCAACACUGUCUCCAUCUCAAUCCACUAAACACCACACAGACUCCGUCUCAAUCAACUAAACACCACAUCAACACUGUCUCCAUCAACUAAAUACCACACCGACUCGAUCUCAAUCCACUAAACACCACAUCAGCUCUGUCUCCAGCAACUAAUCACCAAAUCGACUCCUUCUCCAUCAGUCAAACACCAACACUGUCUCUAUCAAAUAAACAGGAAGUUCACAGAAAGAAUAAAAAAUAAAGCAACAACUCUGA